AUGCCGUCUCUCCUUCAACCUGUGCAAGUACAAAACUUAGUAUUUUAUCCUGGACAAGAGUAUGGCAUCUAUGAACGCCCAAAUCAGCAUGUCAGCAACAGUCACAACAGCAACAACAACAACAAUAAUAAUGCACAACAAAAUGCAGCAAUAAUAACUACUGGAGCUGAUAGCAAUGCACAACAAGGCAUGUCAUUCUUCAAUUUCCGCCCCAUAAUCGACAGCAUCUUUGAGAUUCCAAUUUCAACAUUACGCGCUGUCAAUAAUAUGGUGGCACGUUUGACGGGCAGCUACCAAGAGUCACCAUCAGGAAAAUCUGCUGCAGGCCUUGACAAAGGAUUUAGUAGUUCAAUCGACAAUAGUUUGAUAUUGGAAAAUGGCGAAACGUCAAAUGCGGAAACAAAUACUAAAACGAUCAGAAAGUCAAUCUUGCGCGAGGAAUUGGCGUAAUCAGUGCCAACCGGAAGUGGCCAGAGAGAGCAGCUGAUUAUUCCUACUUGCAAAUCCCACAUUCUUUAAUGUUUAUUUUUUUUCAAAAAGUUAUUGGUUAGGAUUUAAUAUUUCACAAAUUUAUUU